AGUGCCUUAAAAACAAACUCAUUCGCACAGAUGACCUCCAAAAGGCCAGUUGUUGCUGUGCUGUUUCAGGCGCUUGCCCCGCCAGUGUAUGAUGGGGUGAGCAAGCCUCCAAAGCCAGGUGGAUAUCGAGACUCUGGCGCAGAUGUUGCGUAUGCUCUGUACCAGUCUGGGAUGAAAGUAGUCACACCCGAUGACUUGACAGAUCCUUCAAAUCAGGAUCAUUGGUGUUUCCCUGAUACAGAAGCGGGAAUUUUAGCCGCGGUGCAGAAGGAUGCCACGCAUUUAUGGGCAAAUACGGUGCUAUUCAAGGAUCAUCCGUUGCAGACAUCAUCUCUGUUGACUCCGUACGAAAAUAGUAUCAAAGUUGUUGGUCAGCCGCCUCUAUGUGCUGAUAUCUUUGACGAUAAGUCGUUUGUCAAUGAUAAGUUGUGUCGAUAUGGGGGAUUUACAUUGCCCCGAUCGUGGACUGUCAAUGAUCUACAGUCUUCAGAACAGAGUGGUACUGUGCCCACACAGACCUGUGAUGAUAUCCUCAGUUCAAUUCGUGAGGAAGACUACCCUAUUGUCGCUAAGCCAGUUCGUGGCCGUGGCAGCCACGGAGUGAAGAUCUGCAAGAAUGCAGCUGAUCUUGCAGAUCAUAUUGCCUUCCUCUUCAAAGAAUCUCCUCGUGUCUUGCUUGAGGAGUACUUGGCCGGAGAAGAGGGUACAAUUACAGUGAUGCCACCAUCCCAACAUUUAGCGUCAUUCUCAGGAACAGACUCACAGGAGCGAUAUGCUCAUCACUGGGCUUUGCCACCUGUCAUACGUUUCAACCAUGUUGAUGGUAUUGCGCCUUAUAGCGGAAAGGUGGCUGUGACUGUGAACUCACGGGCCAUUUCCUCGGCAGAAAUGGAAACAGAUGCUGCUUAUGCAGCGAUCAUGAAAGAAUGUGAGACUGUUGCAACCCUUCUUCAAACGACUGCUCCGAUUCGGAUUGAUAUUCGCCGUUUUGGCCCCAAGUCAAAGUUUGCUCUUUUUGAUAUUAAUAUGAAGCCGAAUAUCACUGGGCCUGGUCGCCCUGGUCGGGAUGAUCAACUCUGUUUGAUGGGAAUUGCAGCGGAGAGUAUUGGUUGGGACUACUUGAAAUUUCUGGAGUACGUGUUGUAUUCGACGGGUGACCUGGUAGACCUUCGCAAAUACUCUUCUCCUCUUCUAGUGUGA